AUGAUCAGAAGACAGGCCCGAGAACGGCGAGAGUAUCUCUACCGAAAGUCGCUCCAGCUGCAGGAGGCGACCAAGAUCCAGAAGCGGCAGCAGUUGAAGGCGGCGCUGGCCUCCGGUAAGCCGUUGCCCAAAGACGUGGCUGACGACGAAGAGCUUCGAAAGACCAUUGCGUACGACGAGUCUGUGCAGGAUGAGAUUGACGACGAAUAUAGCGCCAUGAGUGGCAUCACCGAUCCCAAGGUGGUGGUGACGACUUCUCGAGACCCGUCGACCCGUCUGUCUCAGUUUGCCAAGGAGGUGAAAUUGCUGUUCCCCACUUCUAUCCGGCUCAACCGAGGAGGAACCGUGUUGCCGUCGCUGGUUUCGGCUUGCAAGACGUCUGCUUCAUCGGAUCUCAUUGUUUUGCACGAGCAUCGAGGUGUGCCUACUGCCAUGACGGUGUCCCAUUUCCCCCAUGGCCCCACCGCCUACUUUUCGCUUCAUAACGUGGUUCUUCGACACGAUCUGCCCGAUACCGGCAACAUGAGCGAGGUGCACCCUCAUCUCAUCUUUGACAACUUCACCACCGACCUGGGUAAGCGAGUUGUGCAGAUUUUGAAGCAUCUGUUUCCUCCCGGAGUGAAGAAGGACUCAGCUCGAGUCAUCACAUUUGCCAACCGAGGCGACUUUAUCAGUGUCCGGCAGCAUGUCUACGUCAAAACCCGGGAGGGUGUUGAGCUUGCUGAGGUCGGACCGCGGUUUGAAAUGAGACUCUAUGACCUGAGACUGGGCACUCUGGAGAACAAGGAUGCCGAUGUCGAGUGGAGAAUGCAUGGAUUUAUGCGAACUGCCAAUAAGAAGGAUUACCUUUAA